GUGACAUUAGUCUAGCGCUAACGUGUGGUGUGGAAACGUUGCCUCAAAACAGUUACUGUGUAGAUAUAUUUAACUUCUUCAUUUUCUUUGGAAUUCAAGUGUUGAACGACUGCAAACAAACCAGUGUAUUAAUUUUGUUAAGUGUAAUAUUCUAUAACUCCUCUCAAGUUCAGACUGAACAUAGCAAAUAUUUCAGAUAACUAAAUGUUUUUAGUUGCUUAUCAUUCCGGCAUUCGCCGACUAAACAAUAAGUCGUAAACUUUCGUUUAGAUCCUUAUAAUGCCAGGUUUAUCAGGGCAUGAAGAACAGAUAAAAGAAGGAAGUGGUCUUUUUCGAAAGAGGCCACUUCCAACGUACGAAACGAAGUGAAAACCGAAAUUCCGUAGGGCGUAAGCAAGAAAAGGAAGGAGUUGUUUCGAAAGAGGAAUUAUUCUCUUGUGGAAAUGUAAUGCCAAUAUAUCCCUUCAUUGCGAAGAGCCGAAGGUGCGAGGUAAUAAAAUUGUUGUGAUUAGAAACUGGAAUGAAAAAUGGAGAUGCACAUGGACGAAGCCGACUUCUUUCGGUCGAGAGAUGAGAGGCAAACGCGGCGACAGCUUCUGGCCCCUCUGAAGGCGCCCACUGACCUGGUGGACUGGCAGGACGUUUGGUACCGCCUCGAUGACGGUCGGGGACAGAUCGCGCUGUCGACCCUCGGCGAGAGGAUUCCGAGAACGACCAACAACUCCCAAGCAGUUCUCCGGGCCCUCAAACUCCUUAAGGAAGCUGAUCCUGGAGGCACAGGAUAUGUCAGCUUCAAGGACUUUGAGCAUUUCUUCAACAAUAUCCUACCGGACAAUUCUUGGGAGCGUGGUGUGCUGGUACGGGCGGCUCUUGACGUCCUUGAUAAGGGCCCAGCUCCUUCGGAAGAGCCGUACUUCAACACGUGGAUGCAGCUGGUCGACUUCGUCCAUUCGAGACCCAGCUACUACGACUUCGACUGGCCCCGGUUCGUCUCAAACAGCUACAAUAGAAACCGCCUCUUGCACUUCGUCUUCUACAGGAGCGAACUCAUACACCCGGCUCGUCUGAAGGAAUGGAUUUUCCACGCCAAAGAGGCAGAUAGUUUGCCCAAUGCUGUUGCCAUCCAGCUCCUUGGCAAGGCAGAGAUACCAUUCCAGGAGGCUGACAUCAAUCGGGAUGGAUUUCUGGAGUACGAGGAGUUUCUCCGGUUUGUCAUGCUCAGCAACGCUGCCCGAAAUCGAAGCACUGCCCUUCGUAGGGGCGCCUUAGCAGUAGUGCCCAGGACAGAGCGAACUCUUGAAACCAGGAGAUACAUUGAAGAAUACUCUUGCUGUCCGCCACCAUUUUGCAUGCUGGCCAUCACACUCGUAGAACUGGCCAUAUUUAUAUACUAUGCCAUUGAUAUGAACAAUCUUGCUGACAAGGGCGUAAUCGUUGGGCCACGAGGUCCUUGUCCUUCGUACUCUCCCCUCGUGUACAAUCCAGCGAGAAGGUUUGAAGCUUGGCGUUACAUCAGUUAUGCGCUCAUACAUUCUGGAUGGGUGCAUUUGGUAAAUAACCUGAUAGUGCAAAUCAUUCUUGGAGUGCUUCUGGAGCUGGUGCACAAAUGGUGGAGGGUGCUGUUGAUUUAUCUUUCAGGAGUAGUCCUUGGAGCUAUCCUCCACUCUCUGUUCACUCCAGGGUCAUACUUGGCAGGGGCUUCCGGAGGUGUUUAUGCCGUUGAAUAUGCACAUCUCGGGAACCUCUUCUUGAACUGGUCGGAAAUGGAAGCCAACUGGGUUCAGUUAAUUGUGAUGUUGCUCGUUAUAAGCCUAGAUUUCGGUUACGCCUUUUGGGACACGUACCUAGCACCGACACCUUCCCAUACUGGUCACAUGGCUCAUUUUGGAGGGGCGUUAGCCGGCGUUCUCGUGGGCGUCUUUGUCCUCAGGAAUCUCAGGAAGGAGAGAUGGGAAAGGAUCUUCCAGUGGAUAUCCUUAGCUAUAUUCUUCGUCGUGGGCAUUGCGGGCAUAAUCCUCAACUGCACCCUCCCAUCUCCUGAGUAUUUUCCCGAAAAUGAUUACUCGUCCAUGGAAAAACUGAAGAACGACUGGAAGUUGACGCUGAAUUGGUAAGAAGAGACUUGUGGAUGCCACUGAUGACUACAGACCAAAGUGAACAACAGUGUCAUGUGUUGCGUGAUCAGUGAAGUGCAGAGUCAGAUGUUAUGGAAUGCGUGAGAUGACUGUUGUUGAAUACGUUGGGUUCCUGUGUUUAGUGUGGCUUGUGAUUGGAAUAGAUGCAGUGGUAACUAGCCUCGAGAAAAAGGGUUACUGAAGAAUUGUUUUCGUAUAGGUGACUGAAGUAAAGAAUUACCAGAUGAUGAUGAUUAAUUGUGUAUUUAGCUAAAAAUUCUUGUCAAAAUAUGUAAGUGGAAAUGACCGAUUUACUGAUUUUAUGUAGGUACACAGGCUGUGAGAUGGAUGACUGGAUUGUCAAUUGUUCAUUAUUCCAUUCAGCGUCUCCUCAGUAAUUGUAAUUAUCUUUUGGUCUCCAUUCUUCAAGACGAACAUAUGUCCAGGAAACCUUGUUGGUGGAGAAUGGGUGGAAUUUGCUGGCUAAUAAAAACUGACAGUUGUUACAUUACCGGUAACAUAGCUGUCCUUUUGAUGCUUCUGUGUUGCAUGUUUUAUCAUUUAUAUUAUUCUUAAUUUGAAAACAGGUGUCUAUAUUGGCUUAGUACAAGGAAUUUACUCAAUUUCAUCUUGUGUUAAAAAAACACGGCGUGACUGAUACUGAAUAAUUACAGUUACUGGCCGUUUCUCUUUCCUUAAGACCUGUUUGUUUUACUGGUAAAAAGUCGGAUUAUACUUUCCAAAAACGAACGAGCCAACGAGAUGUUAAAUUUACCAACAGUGUCUACUCAUUAUUGUGUAACCCUAAUUUGUUUUGACUCAAGCACUAGUAUUACCCGAUAAGAAUAUAUUUUGCUUCAGGCCUUUUGAUUAAUUUAAUUCGUGGUAACCAGAUCUUUGUGGAAAAGCUUUUGUGUGCAUAUGUUAAUUUGCGAGAGGUAUUGUGAUUUGCCAAUGUGACAUGUAUGUAACUUUAAGAUGACCUCGUGAUUGUGGAAACUAGUGGUAAGUAUAAUGUCUUAUUAUAAUGGUCACUUCAUAUUGAAUUGAAACCUUUUAUCAUAUUGAUGUUGAUACUGGUACGUGAAGAUUAAUGUUAAUACUGGUACGUGAAGAUUGAUGUUAAUACUGGUACAAAUACUUUACAAGACUAUAUGUUUCGUAAUAGAUUUAAUAUUGUUUACGAUGUGUUCAGUAAACUCUAUUGUUCUUUGUACAUAAUGUUUAA